AAUCAAACUUUAAAACUGCUUUUCCUGCUUCCAAACUGCAUUAAUAUCACCAUCUCCCACUCGCAACAAACACCAUUCUCUCUCUGCCUUGCCCUCUAAGCCUUCAGAAAUGCACCCAAUCUACCCCUAGAACUCUCUUUCUUUCUCUGUCCAAAAGCAAACCAAAAGCAGAACUAGAAAAAGAAAAAAAAAAAAGCCUUCUCUUUAAGCCACAAACUCCAAUCCCAUAAUCCAGAAAGGUUGAUUAACAGAGAAAAAGGCAAAAACACAGUCUGGAGGGAGCGAGGGAGAAGUAAAAGGUUCUUCAUUCAUGGGGUGUUCUACUUCAAGACCCAACACCACUGUUUUCACCAAAAGCCAUAGUUCUCCUAAAGAUCCGUAUUCUUGCACUUCUCUAGAAGCCAUGGUUUCUUCUCAUUCUUCACCACCAAUUCCUAGAGUUCUUUCACUCCCAACUCCUCUUGUUCAUCACCCACCAAUGAGGAAAGGCGAUACACACCACCUUGUCUCUUUAACAUCUACUACCUAUGGCUCUCUUGUACUCAUUGACACCAAAACGCCUGGAAUGAACAGCCGGGGUUUCUCUGAUCUUCAACUACAUCAAUCGCCACAGCACAAGGACUCACCGGUUCAUGCAGACCAAGACGAGUCAUUGUCUUCAGAUUCUGUCAUCAACACUUGGGAGCUCAUGGAUGGGCUCGAUGAUGACUGUGAUUUUGAUCUGGGUAAACCUAAUUCGUUUGUUAAUACUUGUACCAAGGAGGUUUCAUCGAAAUCUAACACCUUUAACUGUAAGGGUCUUGAUGUGCCUGUAAAGAAAAAUGAGCAUUAUAAACCCACAAAGCCAUCAUUGACAAAGCCUUUAUGGAAACAUUUAUCUGAAGAAUCAUUGCUAUCAAAACUUGACCCAAAUGUGGUUUCACGUUACAGACGAGCAUUAUCUUCCAGGCAGCUAGGAAGCAAUGAGUCCAGAAGUACAAUAUCUAUGGGUUCUACUCCUUCAUGUUCUUCAUUAUCUGAUGGUUGGUUUAGAGUGCCAAGCACUGAAAACAAAAUUGUAUUAUAUUUUACUAGUUUAAGAGGGAUCAGAAAGACUUAUGAGGAUUGUUGUUCUGUUAGAAUGAUAUUUAGAGGAUUUAGAGUGCCUGUAGACGAAAGAGACAUCUCAAUGGACUCAAUGUAUAGAAACGAGUUGCAAAGUCUACUUGAGGGGAAAUUGAUUUGUUUGCCACAAGUGUUCAUCAGGGGAAAGCAUGUUGGUGGUGCAGAAGAGAUUAAACAGCUUAAUGAGAGUGGAGAAUUGGCAAUGCUUUUGGAGGGGUUUCCGGUUAGAGAUCCUACAAUCGUUUGUGAAGGUUGUGGAGAUGCAAGGUUUUUGCCGUGUCCUAACUGCAAUGGAAGCAGAAAGGUAUUUGAGGAAGAUGAAGCGAGGUUGAGAAGGUGCCCAGACUGCAAUGAGAACGGGUUAAUAAGGUGCCCUGGUUGUUGCUCAUGAUAACUAAGCCAAUGCUAUGGGAUGCAUAGUUUUUAUAUUUAAUUUGUGGAUGAGGAUUAUAAAAAAAGAAUGUUUCUAGUUUGACAAAUUCCUUGAAUUGGUAUUUGUAGUAGGGUUUUGUUUGCGAUUUGUUUCUUAAUUUGCGGUCUGUCUAUAUUGUCCAUCAGAUCGUUCUUGUUGUUUAUUGUAUAAAAAAAAGUGACAGUUUUGAUGCUCUAGAUCCAAUUGUUGAAGUUUGUGAAGCAUUUGUACGUAUAUUAGUCUUGUUUUUGUUCUUCUUCCCUUCCCCCCUUUUGGCCUUUGGGUUUGAUUUGAUUGUUUCUUGUAAAAUAGAUUUAAUUCUUGUGUGCGUGUGUGUGUGUGUGUGUUUGUUUUUGUAUGUUAGUGGUGGGAAAGUUGAUUCACCACCUACUUGAUUUAAUUGCAAUUUCACCCCAGUUUCAAAUGUUUCUUUUUGGUGCCAUAAUUCGUUAGUGGAUCUUGAUUCAACCAGGUCUAAACCUGGUAUUAGUUCCAUUAACAGAUAUAAACCUGGGUGAUAUCAGAUUGACAGAUAUCUUCAUUACCAAUAUUUAUAGAAAAGAGGUUUUAACGACGGCUAGAAGGAGCACAUAGAUAAUAAGCAAAGCUUAUGAAUGAACGUAAUUAUAAAUCAGUGAUCAGGGGAUGCCGCUGGUGUCCUGUUAAAAGCAUGUAAUGCUGUUGAGCCAAUGCAAUGCAACAGUGGGGUGUGGAUUCUGUUCUUUGCAGAGUUGCAGGAAAGGAAGCAGUGGCAUAUUUAUGUAUUUUAGGACAGUGGCAUAUUUAUGUAUUUUAGGACAAUCAUUGGAUGAGCUAUUAAUUUUCCAUUCAUGUAUUAUCGCAUUA